AUGAGAAACGUUACGUUCCUACUGGCCCUGGCGCUGGUCGUCGGGUUGGCGUCGGCGGGUGCCGUCUUCGAACGGGCCUGCCCGACGGACGUCGAGGCCAAGCAGUACUUCUCCGUGGACGCCUACCUUGGCAAGUGGUACGAAAUGCAGCGCUACGAGAGUGAGUUCGAGCUGAACUAUGACUGCGUGCAGGUGCGCUACGAGCUCAACGAUGACCAGUCCGUGUCCGUCUCGAACUCGGCCUACAAUCUGUUCAACAGCUCGACCAUCAACGCGCUCGGCCGGGCGGUGCUGUCCUUCCCGGAUGAGGAAGUCAUCCAGGGCAAGCUGAAUGUGUCCUUCUUCGGUGCACCGAACGAUCGCUCGAACUACUGGGUACUGGAUACGGACUAUCAGACGUACUCCGUCGUUUGGUCCUGCGAGGAGCUCGAAGAGAAUCUCUCCGAGGAAAGCUUCUGGGUGCUCUCGAGGACGCCCACGAUGACCACCGACCGGGACGCUCUGUUCCGCAUCCAUAACAUUAUGCGGCGGUACAUUGACAGGAGUCAGCUGCGAUUCACCCGACAAUUGGAUGAACAGUAUGUAGCAAGUUGGAAAAGUGUUCCUUGCAAGUGA